CAAGCCCAAUUUAAAAUUGUGUGCCGUUGAAUUAUAAGAUAGGCCCUCACGAAAAAACCACAACGAGAAACGGUACAAAUAUCUUACGAGACUCGGACAUUACGCCACCACCACUCGUUUUUCUUGGAUAAGGUUUAUAGGCGUAAGGCCAUACAAAUAGAUGAUGGUAUAACGAAAACAAAAAACCUAGCCUAAAAAGCUAUGAAAACUCUGGUUUUUUCCUCACAACCAUCUCUCUAUCUUGCUUCGAAGUGUUCUCCAUGGAACCCCAAAAGGCGGACCUUCAACCCCACAACCUUGCAAAACCAAAAACACAACAAAAGAACAUAUAAAAUGCAUGCCAAUGCAAAGGGCUUUGGCAGUGCACCAGCCUCUACUAAAGAAAAGCCUACAAGCCAAAACUCCAACAAAAAUGAUCAGGAUGGCGAUGAGGAAAUUCCACAGGCCGUUUUCGAGAGGAUGCUGGUGAGAAUUGUGGCCUCCGUGGGGCUGCCGAUGGCCAUGGGCUUUGCAUUGUUGAACGUUUUUGAAGUGAUUAAGGAGAAGCACUUGUGGGAAGUGCCACUUUGGCUCCCAUUCUUGACAACGUUGUUGACUUUUGGGUCGUCAACUCUUGGGAUCGCAUAUGGAGCUUUGUCUACAAGUUGGGAUGCAGAGAAGAAGGGUUCGAUUCUUGGUUUUGAAGAAGCUCAAAGCAAUUGGGUUGAGAUGUGGAGUGAGGAAGAUGAGAACAACAGCAAAAAAAAUGAUGGGUGAAUUUUGGACUAUGUAAAAUUACAAUUUUACCACAGCUUCAAGUACCGUUAGUUAGCUUUC